GCUGUUCCCGUUCCCGUUCCGGCGCCGCCGCCGCUCGGAGCCGCCGCCACCGCCGGGGCCUCCCCGCCCCGUCCCGUCCGCUGCGGCCUCGCCAUGGCCGGGCGCGGCGCCUUCCCGCUCAGCCCGCUGCCCCCCUCGGCCGCCCCGCCGGCCCCGGGGCCCGGCACCGCCCUGCUGCGCGGCCCCAGCCCCGCGCCCGCCGCCGCCCCGGGCUACCGCGCCAUGGGCCCGGCCGCCGCUCAGUACCAGCAGCGGCCUGGGAUGCCCCCCGGGGGCCGGAUGCCCAUGGCAGGGCUGCAGGUGGGACCCCCGGGGGCCCCCCCGUACGGAGCAGCGACGCCGCUGAGGCCCGGCCUGCCCCAGGCCAUGAUGGAUCCCUUCAGGAAGCGCCUGCUGACCCCCCAGGCACAGCCACCCAUGGCCACCCCCAGGAGAGGGGUGAAGAGGAGGAAGAUGGCUGACAAGGUGCUGCCACAGAGGAUCCGGGAGCUGGUCCCAGAAUCCCAGGCCUACAUGGACCUGCUGGCCUUCGAGCGCAAGCUGGACCAAACCAUUGCCCGCAAGAGGAUGGAGAUCCAGGAGGCCAUCAAGAAACCCCUGACGCAAAAGCGCAAGCUCAGGAUUUACAUCUCCAACACCUUCACCCCGGCCAAGGAGGAGGGAGAGGGGGGGGAACGUGUGGCCUCCUGGGAGCUCCGUGUGGAGGGGAAGCUGCUGGAGGAUCCCAGCAAGCAGAAGAGGAAGUUCUCCUCCUUCUUCAAGAGCCUCGUGAUCGAGCUGGACAAGGAGCUCUAUGGGCCAGACAAUCACCUGGUGGAGUGGCACCGGAUGCCCACGACCCAGGAGACCGACGGCUUCCAGGUGAAGCGUCCCGGGGAUGUCAAUGUGAAGUGCACCCUGCUGCUCAUGUUGGACCACCAGCCCCCCCAGUACAAGCUGGACCCACGGCUGGCCCGGCUGCUGGGGGUGCACACCCAGACCAGGGCCAGCAUCAUGCAGGCCCUGUGGCUCUACAUCAAACACAACAAACUGCAGGACAGCCACGAGAAGGAGUUCAUCAACUGCAACCGCUACUUCCGCCAGAUCUUCAACUGCGUCCGCAUGCGCUUCUCCGAGAUCCCCAUGAAGCUGGCAGGGCUCCUGCAGCACCCAGACCCCAUCAUCAUCAACCACACCAUCAGUGUGGACCCCAAUGACCAGAAGAAGACAGCCUGCUACGACAUCGACGUGGAGGUGGACGAUCCCCUCAAAGCCCAGAUGAGCAAUUUCCUGGCCUCCACCACCAACCAGCAGGAAAUCGCCUCCCUGGAUGCCAAGAUCCACGAGACCAUCGAGUCCAUCAACCAGCUGAAGACUCAGAGGGAUUUCAUGCUGAGCUUCAGCAACAACCCCCAGGAUUUCAUCCAGGAGUGGAUCAAAUCCCAGAGGAGGGACCUCAAGAUCAUCACGGAUGUGAUCGGGAACCCCGAGGAGGAGCGGCGGGCCGAGUUCUACCAGCAGCCCUGGGCGCAGGAGGCCGUGGGCAGACACAUCUUCGCCAAGGUCCAGCAGCGCCGGCAGGAACUGGAACAAGUGCUCGGGAUCCGCCUGACCUAAGGCUGCCCGAGCCGGACGGUACCGACUGGAAGCCACAGCACUUGCACAAACCCCAUGUGCCUGGAGGGAUGGGUGGGAGCCCCCCGGGGCUCCCCCGGGCCGAGCACAGCGGAGUCCCCGCUCCCCCCAGGCCCCCGCAGCGCCUCCUCCGCUUUGCAUCGCGCCCUCCCCGCGGGUUCCCCAAACCCCCCCUGGAGCCGGGAAGCGCUGCCCGAGCCCAUGGGAGGAGCUGCCAGCCCCACCCGAGCCCCGCCCUGCCCCUCUUCUACCAAAGUUCGUCAUUCCAAACGCCAGCUCUCCCCGACGUUUUGCACUAUUUUUGUGAACAGGUUUUAUAUAAAAAGAAAAAAAAACACGAAAAAAGAAAAAAAAAAGGCAGCAUUUUGUACAGUGGGUUUGUAUUUGAUUAAUUAAUUAAUAUAUUGAUUGAGUUCCUCUUCCUGCACUGGGCUCUGCAGGGGCUCAGGGAGGCUCCCAGGGCUGCUCUGGGGCUACGGAGCCGCGGGCUGGGGCUCAUUUUGUGACAAUCAGUUUAUUCCUUCCCCCCUUCCCACUGUUUUACAUAAUUCCAUAAUUAACCACUUGACUUGACGAGGUUUGGGGGCAGAGAGGCUGGCUCUGCCCCAGGAGCCUGUGGGGGCACAGGGGCACCAAGAACUGGAGAUACUGGGGAGGAGGGAGGGGACCAGGGGGGCAGUGCCACCACUGCCACCCCACGGAAGUGCCUUUGCCCCCCUGCAGGCUCGGGUGGGGGGGCGUUUACAGAUUCCCAGGGUUGGGCUCAGGGGUUCCUGCUCUGCCUCUUGUGUAACCAGUUUUUGUCUAUUUUGGAUCUUUUCUAAUAAAAGCAGUUAGCAGCA